CAAUUAGGUUCCCGGAUAAAAUUAGCCUACACCAAUAACCCGUACACCCCAAAAGUGGGCUUUGGCUUUUUUUCUUCGAGUUUUCACUCUCAAAAACUUCACCAAAUCCAAAUGGAUACUGUCAACCCCUUGCUUGUUUCAUCAGCUUCUGGUUUGAAAAUGGAUGUGAAUGGAGGUGAAAUGAGGAAGAAUCCCACACUGAUUUGUGCUCCAUUAAUGGCGGAUUCCAUUGAUAAGAUGGUGACUCUCAUGGCUAAAGCUAAAGCUACGACUGCUGAUCUUGUGGAAAUUAGAUUGGAUAGUCUCAAGAAUUUCAACCCUUUUGAAGACCUCAAUGUUUUAAUCAAACAAAGCCCUUUGCCUACACUCUUCACUUACAGACCAGUAUGGGAAGGUGGCCAGUAUGAUGGUGAUGAGAAAAAGAGAUUAGAUGUUCUUCGAUUAGCCAUGGAGUUAGGGGCUGAUUACAUUGAUGUUGAGCUUAAGGUUGCUCAUGAAUUCAUAAAAUCCAUUGGUGGAAAGAAGCCUGAAAAGAUCAAAGUUAUAGUUUCUUCUCACAAUUAUCAGAGCACUCCAUCUGUUGUGGAGCUCGGAAACCUUGUUGUGAAAAUACAAUCAACUGGAGCCGAUAUAGUGAAGAUUGCGACAACGGCCAUUGACAUCACUGAUGUCGCACGAAUUUUUCAGAUAACCGUGCAUUCUCAAGUACCUAUAAUCGGACUUGUUAUGGGCGAAAGGGGGUUGAUUUCACGGAUUCUCUGCACAAAAUUCGGUGGCUAUCUUACUUUCGGAACUCUCGAGGGUGGAGUUGUUUCAGCUCCUGGUCAACCGACUAUCAAUGAUCUAUUGAAUCUAUACAAUUUCAGGCAGUUAGGUCCCGAUACAAAAGUGUAUGGGAUUAUUGGGAAGCCUGUUGGUCAUAGCAAAUCACCUAUGCUCUACAAUGAAGCAUUCAAAUCAGCUGGUUUCAAUGGGGUCUUUGUUCACUUGUUAGUAGAUGACUUAGAAAUGUUUCUCCGAACUUACUCAUCGACCGAUUUUGCUGGAUUCAGCUGUACAAUUCCUCACAAGGAGACCGCAGUGAAGUGCUGUGACGAGGUAGAUCCGGUUGCAAAGUCCAUUGGAGCUGUUAAUUGCAUUAUAAGGAGACAGAGCGACGGGAAGUUGUUUGGUUGUAACACGGAUUAUAUCGGUGCUAUUUCAGCCAUCGAGGAUGGAUUACAAGCUGGAUAUAACAUGAGCAGUGCAGCCGGAUCGCCAUUAGCCGGUAAGCUGUUCGUGGUUAUUGGUGCUGGUGGUGCUGGGAAGGCAUUAGCUUACGGUGCAAAACAAAAAGGAGCGAGAGUUGUAAUUGCCAAUCGAACCUAUGAACGAGCUCGAGAGCUUGCCGAUGUAAUUGGAGGAGAUGCUUUGUCUCUUGACGAUUUGGCUAGGUUCCAUCCGGAGGAUGGCAUGAUUCUUGCCAACACAACAUCCAUCGGAAUGCAACCUAAUAUCGAUCAAACACCGAUGCCCAAGGACGCUUUGAAAUACUAUUCACUGGUUUUCGAUGCCGUUUACACCCCUAAAAUAACCCGACUCUUGAGAGAAGCCAAGGAAACCGGAGCCACUAUUGUUUCCGGAUUGGAGAUGUUCAUCGGGCAGGCCUACGAACAGUUUGAGCGAUUCACUGGUUUGCCAGCACCGAAGGAGCAGUUCCGGAGAACUAUGUCAAAGUACUAACAACGUUGACACAACGACUCGUUUGUCUGCAGCAAAUUGCUGGUUUGUUUUUACUAUUCAUUUGAUGAGAAGGGCAUUGAAACAACAAUUUGUUUAGGAAGUACUUGAAGUGUUUUUGAAUAAUUCCAGGUUUUGUUUCAUAUGAACUUUAUUUUCUUUAUUUCCUAUGAUCUGUGAGUAUGUACGAUAGACCGGAAAAUUCAUAUAUUCCUAUUCGUGUAAUUUGCUUUGUAGUAAUCGUGUUUAUGAUAUAAAUAUUUACAUAUUAAUAAUAUUCGUGUUAUAUAAA